AUGGCAAAAAGAACCCUAGACGCCUUCUUCAAACCCCAAGCCCGAAAACGUCAACAACGUUCCCUAGAAGACUCCGAGUCCGACUCAAAAUCAAGCAAGCACCCAACCUACCCCCACGCCAUAAAACACCUCCCGCUACACAUAAACUCCAAUCUGAACAGCACUCCAGCGCAGCCAGCACGCACGAUAAACAAUCAGCCGCGGCUGGACCUCCUCUAUUUCCAGCCGUUUCUGCGUCGCGACACUGCUGCGGAUCUGUUCAAGUUCCUCAGAGCUGAAUUGCCGUUUUAUCGUGUACAGUAUUCUAUUAAACGCGGUGGUGUCGACACGCUCGUUAAUACGCCGAGGUUUACGACUAUUUUCGGGGUUGAUGAAACGGCACGUUUUGUUGGCAAGUCUAAGCUUAAGCCAGAUUCACUGAGCGGAGAUGGAGAAGGAGAAGCUAGCGAAGAAGAAGAACUAAUCCUUGUCGACGCAACGUCCCAAAAACCCCUGCACUCCCGCUAUCAAUACCCCCCGCGCCCAAUUCCGCCGUGCCUCGACACCCUCCGCCAGCACGUUCAAGCCGCAACAGGAGCAACGUAUAACUUCGUUCUAGUAAACUACUAUGCCAGUGGCGAGGACAGCAUCGCCUUCCACUCCGACGACGAGCGGUUUCUAGGCGCAGACCCGGAUAUUGCGUCAGUCUCGCUGGGCGGUGAACGCGAUUUCAUACUUAAGAUGAAACCGGUCGUCGUACAACAGGGUACUGCGGAUGAGAUACGGGGCUGUACGGCUGGUUCGUUAUCUGUACCAAGAGUGCAGACGCAGGUCAAAAUGCCGCUUGCUUCGGGUGAUAUGAUUGUUAUGCGGGGUAGCACGCAGGCUGCGUGGUUACAUAGCAUCCCGAAGCGAAAGGGUCGGAGUGGGGAUUCCGUGCGUGGACGGGUCAAUAUUACGUUUCGGAGGGCGAUGGUCCCUGCUGGGACUAAUAACUAUUAUAAUUAUAAUGUUGGCUGUGGGGAGGUUUGGAGGUGGGAUGAUAGGGGGAUGGAGAUGCGAAUACGCUCUACGGCUGAUGCGGUGAUCUGA